AUGGACCUGAGUGUGUCCGUAACGGCGCUUAUCGCCCUGCGCUGGGGACCGCCCACUCACAACUCAGAAUUCUUCGAAAAUGCUCUGGCCAGGCCGCUCCUGGAAGGUUUACCAGACCAUGAUGCCACCAUCCCCCUUAACCUCGACUCAAACAGUCAGGCCCGAGGCUCUGAAGGGAACAGUUUUUCGCUUGGUCCAGACGCCUCUCCGAGUCCCAACUUUCAAGAGAAACUGUCGAAUCGAAAGCGACUGUUGGGCCAGGAUCAGCAACACGCGGGCCAAACAUCGCCACACCUCUCGACUAUGGAACGCGAUAAGGGAUCUGAUGGCAAACAGAAUAAUAUUCUUCAAGAAGAAAAACUGGGAUCGAAUGCAGGAAAACGAAAAAAAAAUCAAGAAGGCACCAUGGAUCAUUUGAAUCCUACCGUUCGUCUAGGAGGCUCAUCGCCAACUGAACUUGAGCAGUGGUUCUUGACCGCGUGGCAAAGUAAGCAUGCCGCAUCCUUCACUGUGCCCAUGGAUCCUACCCUCCAAAUGUCCGCUGUAUUUAUCCAAGCCUCUUGGGCGCGGGUUCCAGGUUUAGGAGGGCUCGAUAGCCAGGCGGAAGCCUAUCAACAGCCUUCAAUCAAACCACUAACUUUCGACCAGUCAUCACACUCUUUCUCACCUGCUCGGACCAACACCCCAUACUUCCCAGGCUUGGGCUCAAGCAGCGGGGAUUCGGCUGCGUCUUCGGCCUCGUGGCCAUCUGACUCUGAAGACUAUCAUGUCCCACAAGGCUCUCAAGCCUUAGAACAACGGCUGGCAAGACCUGUUAAGGUACUGGGAUCUUCUGUGAACCACAACAGUGCUCCGAUGGACGAUUUUACUUGGCCAUCUUUCCUGCCGAGCCGCGCCCACGGGCACCAUGUUGAUCAGGCCCAUUUAAUGCCUCAGCUACUGGAUCUCAAUGUGGAGUACCACGAGGAGAGGCAUUCUCCGAUUAUUGAACUCGAUUCAGAAGCUCCAACCCCGAGAGACGCCGAAAGCGAAGAUUUUCAUGAGCACGGCUCAAAUAACGACAAUUUGAGAUUGUCUGUUGAUUAUGAAAACGUCACCGAGGAAAUACAGAACAAUGGACAUCAUCCUAGAUCCAAAUCCCUGGUACCUGUUCUUCGACCUGCUGAACACACCGAGGAAGCUCACCCCCAAAUGCUGCAUUUAACCUCCGAAUCUUCAAAUCCCAGCCGCAGCGAGAAGGUUUUUGAGCACGUCCCCGAUCCACAUGUCCUAGUGGUUGAUAAUAUUCGCCAUAGCGAAAACGAGAUGAACGCCGCAACCGGCCAGGCUGAACGGCCAGUCACACAAGCCAAGCAAAAUGAAAACUACAUAAUGGAACAUUCAGGUUUUUCAAUGGGUUUUCUCAAAGAGCUCAAAGAGCAACUCGAACUCACGUCUUAUCCUAAGAACAGCAUGAGCCCCCCAUUCUUGCAACAGUUCACAGAAAAAUUUGGUACUGAGAUCCGAAAACAAUUUGACGACCACAAGGUCACAAUUUACGAUCGCGUUCAAGUCAACGGUUUUCCGGCUGUUAUCUUUUCACCUUUCCAUAAGAACUCAUCUCGACCCUCGAUUAUUCGGGUAAUCAACCAGACUUUUCGAAGUGGAUCAAGAACCAAAGUGCCACGUGGAUUGUGUCAUAUGUUCAACCAAUUAAUAGCCUGGAUCAUCUUCAUCAAUACGGCCAUGUUGAGAAUGGAAAACAUUGCAGGGGCCAACUUGGAAGCCGAGAAGACUUCUCACGUCCGACUGACUAAUUGGCUUUGGGAAGAGGUUUUCCAUCCGCCCGGCGGCGGUUAUCCAGUAAUGGGAGUAGUUACAGAGAAUAAGCAUUUAGUCGCACAUCGAGCUGUUCCCAAAAACAAAGUCAUCAUGGUUACUGUCCCAGUCACACAAUCUGAAAUGUCUACAACAAAGUGCGAGCCAUUCUUAAUGGACAAGCUGGUGAUGUUUGGUGACAGCAUCACUCAAUUUGCUUGGCAAGCAGGCGGCACAGGCGCAGAACUAGCGCAGAUUGCACCGUUCAAACCGGACGUUACAAUAUGGUGUUCAGACAACAACCUAGUAGCUCUGGCCACCGGAGAGAUGAAUCCUCAAAAGCUUUAUACUGCCAACCAAAUCAAAGUCCGAGGUAACCUUGACAAGGCACUCAAAGUAGAACAAAUUAUUUCUCACAAGCGCGAACAAAACCGUUCUUAUUUCUGCUCCUCUCAACCACUCUCUAUUUAA